UACUCUUCUUCAUCUCCGACUCAGUGUUAAUGGCCCCUCUCUUUAUUCAUUGUUGGCCCUUCAGCUAGCCAUCCUCGCCUCGCAUCUCUCUUCCUUUCACACUACAUCUAGCUCCUAUUACUUUCGCACCUUUCGUCUUCGUUUUUCCCUUCCCAGGAAAUUGCAUUUCAUUCAAAUGCCUUUCUAGGCAUGGUAAGUUAUUUAUCGAGCUUGCAUUCUUGAAUAGAGUUGAGAACCCGAGAUACUUAAAGUGCAUUGAAGGCUAAGCCUAUCUGUUCUUAUCUUGAUGUCAGAUGGCACUUACUGCAAACAAGACUGCAAUGGAUUCUGUUCUGGCUCAUCAAACAACUCUUUGUAGAUAUCAUGAGAAGCAGAAUCUUUUCUCACCAACGAUAAACAGAAUGCACCUUUCAAGAAAUGGAAUGGGACACGGGCUUCCAGCAGAAGGAUCGACCUUAUUUAAUGAGGGGAUUCAGUGUUUAAAUGGAAAACCAUUUAGAUUUAUCUCUAAGAAGCCUUUUCUCUUGUGCAAAUCGUCAAGAGUAAAUAAUACUGAAGAGAAAGGAUGUGAUACAACUUAUGAUGAUGUCGCAGAUAUUACUGGUUCACAUACUAAAGCCAGGAAAGGCAACCACAUUCCUUCCGGUCAGGCCUUCGCUGGAGCUUGUAGAUUUGCUCAUGAAGAUGCAAAGUUUUGGAAUGAAAGGGCUCGUAGUGACAUCUCCUUGCUCUCAUGUGGCAUGAUGACUUUGGAAGCUCGUGCACGCCAAGAUGUUGCUUUUCUUGGGACAGAAUUUCUCAAGCUUGAUGGUUGUAGCUUAUUUACCUUCUUCUAAUCAUGCUAUUUAUUCUCAUUAAGCUUCCUGUCAUGUAUUUCAUCUCACAGGAAUAACCCUUUUGUCUGCUGUAGUCAUAGUUGAAAUACACGCCCAAUAUUUGAUUUCUACACAUGGGGGUUCAUGUGUGUGUGUUGUGUGUGUGGGAAUAUGUGUCUUGAUAGGAAUAUUUUGGAGAGUAAUAUCCAAAAACUUUCUACUCUUGCCUCCAUUAUUUUGUUGAACAAUCUCCAACCCACCACAAUGAUACCAAACGAUAAAAAUCUCUAAGAGAGCGAUACCUCAAAAGCCAGAUCAUAAUGAUGGGGAGCUUAAGCUCUCUGUAAGCCCCACAUCAGAAUCCCAUAUUUCUGAUGUGGGACUCAAGUUCCCAAUUCCCAUACCUCACAUGUCUCUGAUUUUGUUUUAUAUGUAGUUGCUUUUGGGUCACUGGGGAAUAUCAGAAUUAAAAUAAAAACUAGAUAAUUCUACUA